GUUUGAAUAAAAUAUAUUUCAAUAAAAAAUAAUCAAUAAAAUGAGUUUCAUACUCCCAGAGCUUUGGUCAAAAAGCAGCAAUGCAGCUUUUGUAUUGAACACUUCUCAUUUAUCAAAAUAUCGACAUUUAUUAAAAUGGAACAAAAACGCAUCGAUUCUGGAAUUUGGUUUUGCAAACGGACACAAUUCAAACCAAUUGUUACGUCCCAUUUUGCCUAAUGACUAUAAAGAAUUUAUUGGUAGUGAUAUAUCGAUAGAAAUGGUUGAAGAUGCUACAAAACAUUUCCGUAUACCCAGAUCGAAAAUUGUUCAAAUGGAUAUUGCUGGAGAUAUUCCUAAAGACUACCAUAAUCGAUUUGAUCAUGUAUUCUGUUUCAUAACCAUGCAUUUGGUAAAAAGCCCCAGACGGGCCUUUAAAAAUAUUUACCAAAUAUUAAAACCUGGAGGUUGGACGUUUCUGAAUAUUUUUGAACGAAGUCCACUCGAUGAAGUAUUUGAAAAAUUAUCUAAAAAUCCAAAAUGGAGUGAUUAUGGUCAAGACGAAAUAAUAUCCAAGUACUAUUACAGUGAAAAUCCGCAAAAUGAAUACAGAAGGGAUAUUAAUGCUGCUAAUUUUAAGGACUAUCAUUUCAAUGUCGAAAAGGACAUUUACAACUUUGAAUCUAUUGAAGAAUUUAAUAGUCUAUUUACUGCGGCAAAUCCGACGAUUCCAAAGAUUCCUAAAGAAUUAUUGGACGAAUACAUGGCUUACUAUUUAAAAGAAUGUCAAAAUUGUAAAAUGAUUGAUGUAACCACCAAUAAAGAUGGCAAAAAAUGUGCUCAGUUAAACACUACAAUGUUCGUUGUGCAUGCCACAAAACUUUAAAAUAAAAAUACCUGAUCAGUAA